AUGUUGAGCUCAUCAGCUUUCUGGGGCAAACCUAAUGAAGAUCCAAUCCCUCACUUGACUCGAUUCAAGCUACUAUGCCAGUCGGUGAGGACAGUCCGCGGAGUUACCGAUGAGUCUCUCAUGCUCAUGGCCUUUCCAUUCUCCUUAAUGGAUACUGCUCUGGAAUGGCUCUACACACUACCUCCAUAUUCCAUAUUGUCAUGGGAACAAAUGCAAGAAAAGUUCAUGCAGUGGUUCUUCCCCGCUAGCAAGACCCAGCUCGCGAAACAACAAAUUAACUCAUUUUUGCAGGAACCUGAUGAAUCCUUACGUGAAGCUUGGGAUCGCUUUCAAGGAUACCAGAGAACAUGUCCUCACCAUGGAUGGGAUAAAAGGUACCUUAUUUCCACUUUCUUGCAAGGAUUAAAGGAGGACACUCGAGUUCUUAUUCGAGUAGCAUGUGGAGGAAGCCUCAAUGAAAAAUCAUUCAACUUCAUAGAACAACAAAUCAACAAGAUGGCCAACGAGUGUGCUCCCUCUCACGAGUUUAUCAGAAACGUUAGCCUCAAAGACAGUCAUGCAGGUAAGGAAAGUCUAUCUGAAAUUCAGGCAUUACGUGCAGAAUUGGCAAAACUUAAAAUGCAGGUUGAGAAUGCCCAUCAGAUCUCAGACUUAGACACAUCAGCCAACGGGUAUAAGAUCGAAGACGUCUACUAUGUAGAUAACAACCUGUACUCGAACGUGUCCAAUUCGGGGUGGAAGAAUCAUCCAAACUUCUCGUACACGAAUUCUUCCAACGUCUUGAAUACUCCCCAUGGAAAUUUCGGUGGUCCGUCUAAUCAGGGUCUUUCUCAAGGAUAUCAACCUCGACCUCGAGCUCCCCCGCAACAUCAAAAUCAGGUCGUUCAACACUACCUAGCGCCUUUUCAAUCUCAGCAGAAUUACGCUCCGUCUCCGCCUCCACCACAGGUAGAUUUUGACCUCGAUCUUAAGUCUAUGUUCGCACAGCUUAUGCAGGGCCAAGAAGUCAUUCGCACCGAGAUGCGUAAACAUCAACAGAAGACCGACGCCCAUUUCAAGCUUGUCGAUAAUAAAAUAGCUCAACUUGCUGCCUCUAUACCUUCGCGACCUCAAGGAUCACUUCCAGGUAAACCCGAGAUAAAUCUUAGAGAGCACUGCAAUGCAGUGUUCUUAAGAAGCGGGAAGCAACUUGAGGAUGUCGUCCCCCCUACUCUUGAAAAAGGUGAGUCUUUUUACUCUAGAUCUGCGAUCACCUCUAACAUUCAGUCUGCAGAUACUCCAGUUAAGAUAACAUGUGAGGAAGAACCAAAGUAUGUACCUCCACCUCCCAGACCUCCUCCAGUUCCAUUCCCUUCACGACUUGUGCAACAAAAAGAUGCCAGCCAGUUUAAGCGCUUCACAGACAUGAUAAAGAAAUUGGAGAUCACAAUACCUUUUCAUGAGCACGAUUUGCCUCGUAAGAUGGCAGACCCAGGUAGUUUCUCCAUUGCUUGCAAACUGGGCAAUCUCUUUAUUGAACAGGCAUUAUGUGAUCUAGGAGCAAGCGUAAGCCUAAUGCCAUUGUCGAUCUUCAAGAGACUAGGUGUGGGUGAACUCAAACCCACACAAAUGAUAUUACAGUUGGCAGAUAGGUCGACCAAACGACCUGCAGGUAUACUAGAGGAUAUGCCAGUUAAGGUGGGUGAUUAUUACAUACCUGUCGAUUUUGUGGUUCUUGACAUGGAUGUAGAUUCAAGCAUGCCUAUCAUUCUAGGGCGUCCCUUUCUCAACACAGCAGAUGUCGUCAUCCACGUCAGAGCGGGUCGUCUUACUAUGUCCAUUGGAGACGAGACAAUAGAAUUCAUGCUCAAUCAAAAUGACAAUCUAGACGAAAGUGUGAAAUCUAUUUGUUCAGUUUACAAGCUCAAAACGCCUAAGAACCAGGACCACAUACACAAGGUUAAGAGAGGACCAGACCCAGAUAGGACAAAAGGUAAGAAAGAAGCUAACAUGGUUAAACAUGUCACUAACUCAUCAGACCAUCGUGAGAACGGGCUCGAAUCUCAUGCAUCACCACCAGAUUUUUCUCUACUAGGUACGCCUCGUUUCUCAAACUCAUUUUGUUGUAGAGAUGCUCUUAAACUUCAUGAUUCAGGUUGGCAGAAGAUCGUUAAUCUUCGCCCAUUAGACCCAUCUGGUAGUUGA